AUGAUUUUCUAUAACUACAGAUGUCAUGAUGUAACACUUGGAGCGUCAGUUGAUCGAAUAACAACAAAAUCAAAGAGAAAGUUCAUACAUUUAGAAGAACCGCUGAACCAGAAGACGGAACAACCUUUAACAAAUAUGGAUUUGAAGAAAAUAAAUCUGCCAGCAAAUCUGGAGCAUAAAUUGUUGCAGUUUACACGUAAAUUCCUGGACAGCAAAAAAUUAUCUGCUCCACACCGUUGUCUUUAUAAUCUAUUCAAGAAAGCAGCUAAGAAAACCGGAGAAGAAAAAACAUGGAUGAUGAACGCUUGUUGCAUGCAGUUUUGCUGCCAGUUCAUUGCCGAACCGAAUAUUCUGUUGGAUAUCAACCUGGAAUUGUUCAUGAAGAAAAAUCUUGAAGGUAUAAAGAAUUACGCAGUUUCCACCAUGGAAAGUUGUUUGAAGGAUCAAUGCAAAGACCUGGAAUUAAGCAGAAACAUUAAAAACUUUCUUUCUGGGUUCUCAGAAGUAAAAGAUGACGUACAAGAACAGAUGUCGACUCUUCAAAGCAUUUCGAAUGAUAUCGUGAGAGACGUGAAGUUCUGUAAAGAGAAUUCCUUAUAUUACAUAUUUAAAUUGAUGAAAAAUAAUUACAUGCUGAUAAAAUCAGCCUUGAUGAAAGAGGAGAAAGCUUGUCGAUUGCAACUGAGCGAAAAUUUUCUCAGCAUUAUUGAACACAUUGAAAUCGGACAAACGAAACGCGACGACAAUUUCUUGUCUUAA